AAAUGUUAUUUCAAACUUAGAAUAAUAACAAUAAUAAUAAGCCGCCAGUUCCUCCUAGAUUUUAUCCAGGUAAUCCUGCAUUGAAUAAAAAUGCAGAUGGAUUACUUUGUUCUAUAAAUACAUCUUAAAAUAAUAUUUAAAGUUCACGAACUGAAACAAGAGUAGAGUAUUACAGAAAUUAGAAACAACCAUCAUAAUAAAUGGGUUAAGUAGGAUUUUAAUAAUAGAAUACAUAAGGAGGUUUAUUUGGAGGUGUUUAAUAACCAUAAUAAUAAUAAUAAUCUACAUUAUUUGGUUAAUAGACACCAGCAUAGCCAACAUUAUUUGGAUAAUAAUAAUAAACAGGAUUAGGAUUAGGUACAGGAUUAGGUGGAGGAUUAGGAACAGGUUUAGGAACAGGAUUAGGUGGAGGAUUAGGUGGAGGAUUAGGAGGAUUAGGAUAAUAAUAAUAAACAUAAUAAAAUUAAACAGGAUUAGGUUUAGGAACAUCAGCAAGUCCAUUUGGUGGUUUAGGUGGAGGAUUAGGAACAGGUUUAGGAGGUGGAUUAGGUACAGGUUUAGGAACAGGAUUAGGUACAGGAUUAGGAGGAGGUUUAGGAACUGGAACACUUGGAGGAGGUUUAACAGGAGGAUUAGGAUAAAAUACAUAGACAACAGGAUUAGGUUUUGGAUUAGGAUAAUAAUAAUAAUAAUAAUAAACAACUGGAUUACUAGGAUUAGGAACAACUUAAUAAUAAUAAUAAUAAUAAUAACAAUAAGGAUUAUUUGGAGCAGCAGCACCACUUUAAUAAGGAGGAUUAUUAUUAACAUAAUAAUAACCUAUAUAAUAAUAAAAUUAAGGAUUAUUUCCUUAAAAUUAAUAAUAAGCUUUAAUGUAAUAAAAUUGGACUAAUAAUCCAAAUUAAGCAAUUCCUUAAGCAACUCCUAAUUUAUAAACAUAAUAUAAUCCAGCAUAUCCUAUCUAUUAAUAAUAAUAAAUUGAUAUGAAUCUUGAUUUUGAUAUUAAAAAUGAAUAAGAAUAUUUAAGAGAAGUUGAAGAUGAAUUUAAAAAGAAAUUCCCUACAUUCAGUGAAUAUGCUUAAUAAAAUGAUGUUACUUUUAGUGUUGGAAAUGUUAAUUUGAGAUUCAAAAAUCCAUCAUUAGAAAUUAAAAUUAAAUCUAAAAAUAAUUAAAAAUCAAAAGAAGAAAUUAAACCAUGGUAUAUGUCAUUAAAAUAAGAAAAAGAUUAAAAAUAAUAUAAAUAAUCACUUAAUAAAUAAAUUUAUAGUAAAAACAAUAAUAAAAAGGAAAUUGAUGAUUUUACUUAAUCUAGUAUUGUACAAAUCAAAGCAGAAGAACAAUAAUAAUAACAAUAAAAUAAAAUUAAUUCUAGAGCACCUAAAUGUAAUAAUUAUAAUUUAAGUCCAAAUAUUUAAAUUAUUUCAGAAAUGUCUGAUAAUUAAUUAACAAGAGUAAGAGAUUUUAAGAUAUCAAAUUAAUAUGGUUGCAUUCAUUUUUUAGAAUCAGUUGAUUUGAAGGAUUUGAACAUUGAUUAAAUUGUUAAAUUAAAAUAAGAUAGUGUAGAAGUAUUAUUUUUAUAGUUAUUUUUUAGUUUUAUCCUGAGGAACAAUUUGGAUAAAUUCCUGAAUAUGGAAAAGGUUUGAAUGUUAGAUGUAGAAUUGUCCUUAAUAACUUUGCUUGUGAAAAUAGAAAUAUGUGCGAAUUGAGAAUCAAUAACAAAAAGGAAUUUGAAAAAGUAGUCAAAAGUUGGAUGGAAAAGAACAACAUGAAGUUCAUUUCAGCUGGAGAUGAUGUUGUUUUUGAAUUAGAUUAAUUAUGA